GCCCGGGGGCGGGGGCCACGGGCGGCCCGGGGCUGGGGAGGCCGCCGCCUCCCUGGGCCUGCCGGGGCGGCCGCCUCCACGAUGCCGCUGCUCGUCGAGGGGCGGCGAGUGCGGCUGCCGCAGUCCGCCGGGGACCUCGUGCGAGCCCAUCCACGUCUGGAGGAAAGAGCCAGACUUCUCAGAGGUCAGUCUGUUCAACAAGUGGGACCCCAGGGCCUUCUGUAUGUUCAGCAAAGAGAGCUGGCAGUGACCUCCCCACAGGAUGGCUCCAUCUCCAUUCUGGGUUCUGAUGAUGCCACCACUUGUCACAUUGUGGUCCUGAGGCACACAGGUAACGGGGCCACCUGCUUGACCCACUGUGAUGGAACCGACACCAGAGCGGAGGUCCCCUUGAUCAUGAGCUCCAUCAGAUCCUUCUCUGAGCACGCUCAGUGUGGAAGGCUGGAGGUGCACCUCGUGGGCGGCUUCAGUGACGACAGGCAGUUGUCACAGAAGCUUACUCAUCAGCUUCUUAGUGAAUUUGACAGACAAGAGGAGGACAUUCACUUAGUGACAUUAUGUGUGACAGAAUUAAAUGACCGGGAAGAAAAUGAAAACCACUUUCCAAUAAUUUAUGGCAUCGCUGUCAACAUUAAGACCGCAGAGAUUUACAGAGCGUCCUUCCCAGAUCGGGGUCCAGAGGAGGAACUGCGUGCUGCCCGAGCUUUAACAGGAGGACCAAUGAUUAGUAUUUACGACGCAAAGACAGAACAAUUGCGCAUAGGGCCGUACUCCUGGAUGCCGUUUCCACAUGUGGAUUUCUGGCUGCAGCAGGAUGAUAAGCAAAUACUAGAGAACCUUUCCACUUCGCCUCUGGCCGAGCCACCCCACUUUGUGGAACAUAUUAGGUCUACCUUGAUGUUUUUAAAAAAACACCCGUCUCCCACCGGCGCACUGUUUCCUGGAAACAAGGCUCUGCUCUACAAAAAGAACGAAGGUGGCUUCUGGGAAAAGAUCUCUUCUCCAGGAAGCUAAACACAGGAUCACCAAAGACAGCAACUUGUUGGCCUGACCGAGACCGUGGGGGUUGCACGGAACACGCGUCAGACUCCAUCCGCUGAGGCCUAGGUCUCCUUCCUUACUGUCCUGCAAAUGACUUUCAAAAUAAAAUCUUAUUUUGGCAAAGGCAUUUGUUUAGGUUUACUUUCUGCCUCGCUGAAGCUGACCUCCAGCCUCCCCUUUCUGGUAUGAAGGGCACCGGAGGAGCCGCCUGCUCGUGAUUCUACAAGCAGCCAUUUCAGAUACGCGAGACCUGUAGGUUCCUGAAGUUGCCACCCUACAGCCAGACACGACGUCUGAGUGAUGAUCACGUAGAAACCGAACUCACUGCCAAGCCAACCCCGCUGUACGCGGCAACCUGACGAAACCGAGCACGGACCACAACACGGCACACCGGGCUGUCUCUCCCAUACGGCAGUACAGCGGAGACCCCUAAAGCAAGCUGUCUUAACGAAAAGUUCUAUGUAACCUCAUACAACGUCUUAUGUUUAGAAAGGACUGCAGGUGGAGUCGAAGCUACUGGCGACUUCCAAGAAUGUGAGACACAUGGGCCCAGGAGCCAUUUGGAGCGUCUCAAGGUCAGACACCGUCAAGAACAUGGCAAGGAAGGCCCAAGGCUCCAGUCCAUGAAGCACAGAGAGGCCAGGUCUGGAAGGCUCAUUCAUAACAGAGGUAGGGAGUCUCCCCCUCCUCCUGGAAGGAGACGGUCAACAGCCAUGGGGUAACCGUGCACUGAACAACGGAGGGCAGAGGCGUGUGCUCGGCCGGUGAGCUGGUUCCUGGGUCUUCGUGAUCUGUGACUCUCUGUACCGUCUGUCAGUUGUGCACCUGUACGUGUCCCCACCCCCCACAGUCACCUGCAAGCUGGCACAGGAAAUACAGGGACCCCUAUUUCACUGAGGGCAAGGGUGGCUGCGCGACCGCUGCGCUGGGCUUUUCUAAGCGCCCAAAACGUCUCAUUGAAUUUCCAUUAGACACAUACGCUGGGACCACACGUAUUCACCUUCAGUUGCUAAGCCGGCCCACACAGUGACCCACCCGGCGGGCUCUAUACGGCAGAGGAUGACCGCCAGCCGAGAGGCUGAUCCCGUACCUGACAACCCCUAUUCCAGGCCAGUUCGGGUCAUCGAUGUGCAGGAGACCUGCUGUUGCUGUCACCUCCUGCUUGAACUCCUCCCGUAGCUGCAGCGUGCAAGUCAGGACGGGCAGCCUACUCUGUACGCAGCUCACGAGCUGGUCCACAUCCUCCCCCCGAGUGCCUGAAACUGAAAAUGUCCCCAGACUGUUAGACAAAUGCAUAAGGAAUACGGUGAAAAACAGGGCAGGGCUCCCCUCCCCUUGUCAGGAGGUCAGCGGCUCCAGGGACAUCUGGUUUGCAGGAGCUGAAGCAUUAACAAAGGAAAAAAAAAGCCACUAAGCCCAUAUGGAAAAAUCAGGUGUUAUAAACUGACACCACCAGCUCCUGCGGUUGUAGACACAGCUCCCUCUUACACAGAAGACAGAAUGAGCCCCCUGAUGUCACACACCAUGAAACUCCAACAGAAAUCAGAUUCUUCUCACAGCACUCCGGAGGCUCAAGUUAUCAACAUCAUACCACAGGCUAAAAAGGACGAAGCAAGCACACGGCUCUCUCUCCACGUGAACAUCAUGGGGAGAGAGGGAUUCUGGGGGGGGGGGUGUGUGGGGAGGCAGGAGGGCAGGCUGACGACAGUAGCACCUAGGACAGCCUGAGAGCCCCCAGGGCUGCAGGGACCCAGCAUCACUACCCCGGCCGUGUGACUCAAAUGGGGCAAGGGAUCACACUAAGCCUCCGCACGUGCUGCCUCGGGUGUCCUCAGCUCACUCUGCCAGGGUGAGAGACUAAGCCUCUGGGGGGCCCACACAACAGGUGCAGAAAUCACUGGAACAUCGGGAGGCCACCAGUCAUCUUCAUGACGGGCUUUUCUUUGCAGGACAAAUGCCUACAUCCCCCUACUUUCAGGUCUUUGAACAAAUAUCUUACCAAAAAUGUUAAAAAUAUCUCAUUAAAAAAAAAAUCAAAGGUUUUCUGAAAA